AUGGGCUGCUCUUGCUGUCUCUCCUGGGGGAGGCGGCAAAACCCGAGAAUGGAUGCGUCUCUAGUGCAGACAAUCGCGUCCCUGGAUAUGAACACCAGCAACAUGAGCCUGGCCCAGAGUUACGGCCUGGCCAUCCAGACCGAUUCUUGGGAGGACACCGCCCGCACCAAGAACAGCUGCUGGGGCCCCAACAUUGCUGACCUCACCCUCCACGUGGCGGGCUCCCGUCUCCCGAUGAUCCGCAAGCCCAACUUCGCUGACGUCACCGCUGACGUCCCAAUGAGCUUCUUCAGCGUGACCACCGGCAACGAGAAACCCGCUGGAGCCCUCAAGCGGGUCAGCUUUAAGGACUACGUAACCGAGACCCUGGGUCUGCCUAACCUGAUUCUUAACCGCGAUGACGUCUUGCUGGCGUCAGCGCAUGCGUGCGUGUUGCCAUGCGGCGUCGGCGGCGAGACUGAGUUUUGCCCGCAGCUCUUCAGCUACCAGGCGCGCCCGGACGACCCCGCCAUUCUAGUUUUCGUUGCGAGCUCCCAGGAGACGUCAGCCCACGUCAUCACCGGGGCUGCCGACAAGCUGCUCUUCAACCGCGGCGGCGCGGCCGCAAUGUUCCUAGCGAAGCGCCUGUCGCAGGAGCGGCGCGAGCGCGGGGUUUCGGAGGCGGGCGCGAUGACGGAUGACGAACUAGAUCGGAACGCGAUCCUCCUGUUCCAGAUUCCGCUCAAACAGCGGUCCGAAGCUACCGGCUUCGUUAGACCAUACAUCCCCAUUGCAACUGGAAGCCGCCGCCGCGCCUCCCCGCUUGCGGGCCUGGAAUUCGCGACGCUGCGCGCGUCCGAAAAAACCUACGGCCCCUUCCGAGGUUUGGCAAGGUUUAAGCUCGAACGCAACGCGCGCUUCCCGAUCCGCGUCACGUUCCAAAUGUAUACGGUGACGGACGAUCCGGUUCUGAAGGAGAGCCAAAUAAAAAGUCUGGCGGACAAAAUCGAAAAGGUGUACGUGCGCGGCAAGGAGACGGGGAGUCUGGUGACCAACACAACGAACCGCGCAACGGAGCCGCGCCCGCUCGGGAGCGUGAUGGGAGCGGAGCAGAUGCCGUCCUUUAACCUGCGUGCGGAAUAG